AUGGCACCUCACGCAGAAGACAGCGCCGGCCACGCGAAUGGGUAUGGUGUGACGACGCCCCCCAAGGAUCUCUUUAUUGUCAACUCCCCCAAUGUCGAGUACACCGAAGACACUAUCAAGUCAAAGUACACUUACCGCACUACCGACGUUACCCAGAACGCCGACGGCAAGUAUGUGGCCAUCCCCAAGGAGACUCUCUACGACUUCAAGGUAGACCGCAAGAUUCCCAAAGUCGGUGUCAUGCUCGUUGGCUGGGGCGGUAACAACGGAACUACCGUCACCGCUGGUAUCAUCGCCAACAAGCGCAACCUCGUCUGGGAGACCAAGCAGGGCAAGCGCGGCGCCAAUUACUAUGGCUCUGUCAUCAUGAGCUCUACCACCAAGCUCGGCGUCGACAGCAAGACCGGCAAGGAGAUCUACAUUCCUUUCCACGACCUCCUGCCCAUGGUCCACCCCAACGAUCUCGUGGUUGGCGGUUGGGACAUUAGCGGCAUGAACCUCGCCGAUGCCAUGGACCGCGCCAAGGUCCUCUCACCCUCUUUGAAGUCUCUGGUCCGCAAAGAGAUGGGCACUAUGAAGCCUCUGCCCAGCAUCUACUAUCCCGACUUCAUCGCUGCCAACCAGGAGGAGCGCGCCGACAACAUCCUCGAGGGUACCAAGGCUUCCACGGCCCAUGUUGAGCAGAUUCGCAAAGAUAUCCGUGACUUCAAGGCCGCCAACAACCUCGACAAGGUCAUCGUGCAGUGGACCGCCAACACAGAGCGUUAUGCCGACAUCCUUGAGGGCGUCAACGACACUGCCGACAACCUGUUGAAGGCUAUCGAGAAUGGCCAUGAAGAAGUCUCCCCCUCGACUGUCUUCGCGGUUGCCUCCAUCCUUGAGGGCGUCCCAUUCAUCAACGGCUCUCCCCAGAACACCUUCGUCCCUGGCGCCAUCCAGCUUGCCGAGAAGCACAAUGCCUUCAUCGGUGGUGAUGACUUCAAGUCGGGCCAGACCAAGAUGAAGUCUGCUCUCGUUGACUUUAUGAUCAACGCCGGUAUCAAGCUCACCUCCAUUGCCAGCUACAACCACCUCGGCAACAACGACGGCAUGAACCUCAGCUCUCAGAAGCAGUUCCGCUCCAAGGAGAUUUCCAAGUCCAACGUAGUCGACGACAUGGUCGCUGCCAACAACGUCUUGUACAAGGAGGGCGAGCACCCUGAUCACUGUGUCGUCAUCAAGUACAUGCCCGCUGUCGGAGACGACAAGCGUGCUCUUGAUGAGUACUAUGCUGAGAUCUUCCUGGACGGUCAUCAAACGAUCAGCUUGUUCAACGUUUGCGAGGACUCUCUGCUGGCUUCACCUCUGAUCAUCGACUUGGUCCUUGUCGCCGAGAUCAUGACACGUGUUCAGUGGAAGGCUAGCAGUGCUGAGGCCAGCGAUGCCAAGUACUCUGGCUUCCACAGCGUUCUCAGUGUGCUCAGCUACAUGCUCAAGGCACCUCUCACGCCUGCCGGCACCCCUGUUGUGAAUGCACUCGCCAAGCAGCGUGCUGCUCUCACCAACAUCUUCCGCGCUUGCGUCGGUCUUGAGCCAGAAAACGACAUGACGCUGGAGCACAAACUGUUUUAG